GUUUUAUCCAACCCAGAAUUCCUGGCCGAGGGUACGGCUGUCUCUGACCUGCUGAAGCCAGACCGUGUUCUGAUUGGUGGAAGUCCCAGUGCUGAAGGUCAAGAGGCCGUGAGAGCUCUGUCCUGGAUCUACGAACAUUGGGUGCCAGCCAGCAGCAUCAUCUCCAUGAACACCUGGUCAUCUGAACUGUCCAAGCUGGCAGCAAAUGCCUUCCUGGCCCAGAGAAUCUCCAGCAUCAAUGCCAUGUCUGCCAUCUGUGAGGCUACGGGAGCUGACGUGGAUGAGGUAGCCCAUGCUGUUGGUACGGAUUCUCGUAUAGGGCCCAAGUUUCUCAAAGCAAGUGUGGGUUUUGGUGGCAGCUGUUUCCAGAAAGAUGUGCUCAACCUUGUCUACCUGUGUGAGUGUUUGAACCUCCCAGAGGUGGCAGCGUACUGGCAACAGGUGAUCGACAUCAAUGACUACCAGCGCCAGAGGUUCACCAAGAGAAUUGUCCUGGGUCUCUUCAACACAGUUACCAACAAAAGGGUGGCUAUCUUGGGAUUUGCCUUCAAGAAAGACACUGGAGACACAAGGGAGUCUGCAGCAAUUUACAUCAGCAAGUAUCUCAUGGAGGAGGGAGCCAAUGUCCGUAUUUAUGACCCAAAAGUUUCCGCCAAACAGAUCAUCAG